AUGGAUGAUCUGAAGUCUGAUGGGGAUGAUACUGAUUAUAUACACCAAAGUGUGAAUGAGGAGUAUCAAUACAAGGAGACGGGCAAAUCCGUUUCUGGUUGUUUAUCUCUCAAGUCUUCGGAUGAAAAAGAAGAGGGCUUUGCGGCUACAUUGCAGCAAGUAUUCUUUGAGACUACACCAUUGAUUCUCAUCCCAGCUGUAACAGGCAGUCGGGAGAAGCCCGGUUUGUCCGAGAGGAAGCUGAAUGUGUCGUGGGCGGAAAAUGUGUACGACACUCCGCCUUCCAUAGUGUCUCACACAAAGGGCAAGAAGCAGAAGAAACACGAAGAGCAAAGAAAUCGACAAGAAGAAAGAAGUUAA